UUGAACAUUCCUUCAAUACGAUAUUCAUUAGCGACAUUUACUGUCAAUAUUUCCGUCAGUUUUCCCAAAAACAAUUGAUGUUAUUACAAAAUGGAUUUAUCGCGGGAUUAAAAAAUAAAUGAAAUGGAUUCCAACAAUGACAGAGAUCAAAUUCGUCAAUUUGUGGCAGCGUAUCGUAAUUUACCAAUUUUAUGGGACCCUAAAUGCCCAAAUUAUUCCAAAAAAGACAAACGUCAUGAAGCAUACGAGAAACUCUUGCAAGUAUACAAGACAAUCAGACCUGACAGCACUAUCACGGAUGUUAAGAAAAAAAUUAAUUCGAUUCGCAGUAAUUUCCGCAAAGAUUUGAAAAAAGUCGAAGAAUCAGCUUCAAUCGGUGUACAUCAUCUUCCGUCGUCGUGGUUGUAUGACGAAUUGUUAUUCCUCAAUGAUUCUGAAGUAUCAUAUGCUUCAUUAAAUUCAAGAGCAACGACGUCAACUACUGUUGACGAUGAAGACUCAAAAUUUCUGAGAAAUGAUAGUGACGGAAGCCAUAGUGUUGAAAAUUAUGCACCGGUUGGGUAUCAAGAGGAGAAUUCAAUAGUUACAAAACGAAGAUAUUCUGAAUCCAAUGAAGAUGAUACUUCAACCACCUCUUUACAGUAUUCUGCCAAAAGACAAAAAAACUCUCCUAAAUCAAAUAUUUGCAUUGAUUCACAACGGUCUACUACAGUCCCAGAUACCACACCCAUAAUAACUUACAACGAUGAUUUGGCUAAAGUUUGGGCAGCAAAACUUAAGUGUUUGGGACAUUUACAGAGAAUCUUUGCCGAAAAAGCCAUCAAUGACGUGCUAUUUGAGGCGCAGCUAGGAACUCUCCAUAGAGAUUCUGUAAAAAUCAACACCAACUAUGGAAUUGCUACAGUUUUGAAUGUUCCUGAUGAAGUUCGAAGUUCCGAGCCAAGCCAAUCUUCACCAGAAUACAAAUUUAGCCAAACAUUUAAUUUUACAGAAAAUGAACAAACAUAAAUAUUUUAGGAAGCUUUAAGAGGAUUAAAAUAGCUUUUCAAAAUAAAUUUAAGCAGCGAUGUGUUAAAGUUGGUUAUUUAUCGUUAGUCUCGUGUAAAGAAAGAACUAGCAUUUGUUUUUCUCUAUAAUUGGCCUGAUAAAUAAAACAAAUUUUUCCUACACACA